AUGGACCAACUUCUCGCUACCAUCGCUGAGCUGGACAAGGCGGCCAUAGCUCAGGAGAAGCGAAAUGCCGAGCUACAGUCGGCGCUUCAGAUAAAGUCGAAGGAGCUGGUUUUGCUCCAAGAGAGGCUCGCAGCCCUCCAGCCGGAGCCAGACGACUGGGCGCCGCCCCCACGCCGCUGCAGCCGGGCCGCCUCGGCGCUGCUGCGGCUGCUGGUGGUCCUGGGGGCCGUGCUGGUGCUCUGGGAGGCAGACUGGCACGCGGACGCUGACGCACCUGCUCCCGACGUCGCGGAUGCUCUGCGCACGCAGGGCUUCCUGCAAAGGGAGGCCCCUGUUCAGGUGGAUAUGCAAGCCGACAGUGGCCCGCACUUGCAGGGUGCGAAGAAGAUGACGAAGGCGGAAGAGGUGCUGAUGGAUGCGAAAGUCCCGGAAGUGGAGACGCAGACAUCACGUGGCGCAGAGAGGUCAGGAGCUGCGGUUGGCUCUACACCGCAACCGGAAGUGAGACCGAGCCAGUCACCGACGCCUCCGGCGGAGCCGCGAGAGCCGACGCCACAGAGUCGCCAGGCUAAUCCGGAGCCCAAGGCCGUGAGCCAGCCAGGGCCCGCCCCGUCAAAGAGCAGCACAGAGUCCAAGGAGGGUCCCGCCGGGAAGAGUCCAGACCCUACGGCCGGGAGCACGAAGGAGAAGCCGCCAGCACACAAGGAGACAACGAGCGCGGGUGAGCGAGCAGAAGUGCUUGAAAGGGCAGCGGACAAGCUGGAAGCAGAGGCACCGCCUCCUGAGGCUGACAAGCCGCACAAAGCCGCAAAGCCCAAGGAGCCCGUCAAGCAAGCUGCUAGAACAGGAGGUGAGUCGGCUGCGAAAGCACCCGCUACUUCCAGCUCUCGUGGUGAAGCUGGCCAGCCGGAAGUGCCAAGUCAGCCAAGGAGUGAGGGAAAGCCCCGUGUGGUCGAGUCGUCUCGGCCAGAGGCACCGAACCCACCUGCAAGUGGGCCCGACGUGAAAGCUUUGCGGUCACAGCCGCCGCAGGCUCCAGCGCCACCGAAGGCACCGCCCCGGGUACCGCCCAAGGCGCCCAGCCCACGACCCCAAGCGCCGCAGGAGGUGCCAGCCACAGCCCCGGAAGACGAUGUGUUCGCGGCGCUGACCACGACCUUCGCCGCCCCACACCUCCAGGAAAAGCCGGAAGCCAACAGCAGUGACGACGACCUUGCGCCAGGCGGCCAAAUGGUUUUCGCUGCUUUGCCUUGCCUCCGACUUAGCGGCUCGGAGUCCUUCGAGUGCCAAGAGCGACUCCCCGAGCAGAGGACCACAGACCGGGCCAGGAUGGAUUACCUGGAGGAGCUGCUUCAGCACCUCUGGGAUAGAAAGAUCUGGGAAUCGGAGGCGGUGGAGUCUGCCCUUGGCGGGGCCAUGGGGGUCGUGGCAGGCCUCUGGGCCUGUUGGGCCUUCUGA